GUGUGUGCGCAUUGGUAGCGCAGUGUUUUACAUGGGACGGGGUUGUGGUAUUUGGCCUGGGUCGUGGUCUAUUACCUUAGUUUUAAUUUGGGAAGAAUUGCAAUAAAGAUUAUUGAUUGGAUUAUUGUAAGGAGCUCAAGCUAUUUUUUUCCUAAGUAGCAGUAUUGUUACCUAAGUGUCUUGACCAGUGUCUUGAGUGACAGGGUUUGUUUUGGAGGGUGUAAAAAAGCUGCUCAUUCACCAUGGUGAAGAAGGCAAAGAAGAUUUCUGCACCACCUGCAUCUGUUCUUAAAGUCAACGGAAAGGCAGAUAUGUCUCCUAAGGCUAAAGGGACGCCGAAAAGGAAAGCAAAGGAAGGAAAGCGCCUUACAAGGGUUCUGCUGGUGAAACAUCUCGUUGUAUUGAGGAAAAGGGUGAAGCAAGCAAAGGUCAAUGUGGUUAGUAAGCUGACAAAACAUGCUGCUCUGCUAGAAAAGAAGAAAGGCAACGAAAAGCAGCUUGAGAAAAACGCACGUAAACUGAAGCGCCUGAAGGAGGAAAUUCAAUUAUUGAAGAAAUUGAAGAAGGAUGAAGUAGCCAGAUAUGGUGUUGCGGAAACAAAGGAUCUGGAGAGUGUUAUCAAUAAUGCUAAUACGCCAAUCGACGUCAGAGCAAAGGCCCGUGUCGCGAUGUUUCCGGCUUUCCAGGAGAAGCUGCAGAAAUUCAGACAGCGGCACCCCACUUGGGAGAAAGACGUGCCCAGACUUCUGCUGAAGAUAAAGCCGUACAAGCCCAAGUCGGGCGGCGGCUCGGGAGGCGACAGCGCCGGAGAGUCAAAUGAUUCGGGCGAUGACGGGGGAGGCGAUGAAUCGGACGAGGAAAAUGAAAGCGAUGCUGAUGACGAGGUGAUAUCGCCCGCUAAAGUGAAGUCUGCCGCCACACCGUCCAAAAAGACAACCGCGAAGAAACCGAACAAGCAGACAGUUGUUGAGGCUGACGAAAGCGAUGACGAAGACGAUGAUCUGGAUGAACAGGAGGAAGAGUCAGACAGUGAAGGAGAACCAGAGUUAUUGGACAGAAUGGCUGAGGAAGGGGAAGAAGACGAAUCUGACGGCGAAGACGAGGCAGAUGGAUUAGCCGAAGAGAGCGGAGAUGAGGGUGAAGAAGAGAGCGGAGAAGAGGGUGAAGAAGAGAGAGGAGAGGAGGAUGAAGUAGAUAGCGACGACGACGGGGACGCAGAGACUUCGAAUAUCGUGGCUAAUGGUACUGCCGACUCGGACGAAAUGGAUGAAUAUGAGAAGUUGAUGAAUGAACACGAUUUGGGUGAAAAUGGCGACGUAAGUUCCGAUGAGGACGAAUAUGACUCUCGGGACGAAGACGACGAGCCAGACACGGACGACGUCGACGCACACAUCGCCGCCAGACACGGCGGGCUGGUCUCCAUGGAGUCCGACGAUGGCGAGUCGGAAGGUGAGGACGGCGAAGGCGAAGAGGAGGAUGAAGAUGAGAGCAUGUCUGAGGAGGAAGAGGCGGCUCCUGUGGCAGCGAAGGGAGGCAAGAGACCACUGAAUGGCAAAAAGGAAGACAUUGGCAAGAGCAAGGGUCAGAUGAAGAUAAAGCGUAUCAAGUUGGAUGAAGUGGCCGAGGACAAGGAUAUCAGUCUAGACGAAGACGACGACGACGACGAGUCGGACGAUGAGCCGACGGCCAACUCGAAGCGCUCGUCGUUCUUCAUGGGGGGCAUCGACGAUGAGGAUGAGGAGGAUGAGGAAGCCGACGAGGACGGCGAUGACGAUGACGGAGACGCCGGCGACGACGUGCUGAUGCAGGGCCGCCGGCGGAUGGUGGAGCGGCAGCAGCUGCGCGCCGGCGCGGCCGGCGAGCGCGUGCCGCGCGGCAAGUGGAGGGGAGCCGAGCGCGGCCACCGCGGACGCUUCCAGGGCAGGGGCGGCGGCGGCGCGAUGUCGGCAGGGCCUCGGGCAGACCGGUCAGACGACUCGGCCGAGGAGGGCGACAAGCCCAAAGGCAAGCUGCUCCGGCCCGGGUACCUGGACGGAAACGCCAGCGACUCGGGCGACGACGCCGGGGCCGGACCGCCGCGGGGCCGGGGCAGGGGGCGCGGCGGCGACAGGGGCGGCUUCAGGGGCCGCGGCCGGGGAGGGUUCGACCGCAGCGGCAGGGGCGGCUUCAGGGGAGGUCGUGGCGGGUUCGACCGCGGCGGCAGGGGCGGGUUCAGGGGUCGGGGCCGGGGAGGGGACCGCGGCGGCAGGGGCGGGUUCGAUCGGGACAGCUCGCGCGGCAGGGGCGGACGGGGAGGCUUUGACAGGGGCGGACGGGGCGGGUUCCGGGGCAGGGGCGGUGACCGCGGCGGCCGCGGAGGGUUCUCGGACCGCGGCGGUUCCGAGGGCGGGUUCCGGCCCCGCGGGCGCGGCGGGUUCCGCGGCGGCCGAGGUGGCUUUGACCGCGACGACCGCGGCCGCGGCCGGGGCGGGUUCGGCCGUGGCGGCUCGGACAGAGGCGGACGGGGCGGCGGCAGGGGACGAGGAGCCUCCCCAGGAGGCGUGCAUCCGUCCUGGGCGGCCAAGAAGAGUCAGAGCCCCGCCAUCGGCAAGUUUGAGGGCAAGAAGGUCAAGUUCGAUUAGAGUUCUAAUCGUUUCGAGGUGGAGGCGGUCGGUUCUGUGGCGGUAGAUCGGUUUUUCGACGGGUUCGUACUGGCGAACGGAGCUGCCAGAGUACAAUGUGGGGAUGUUGAAUGUGUUUGCAGCAAAUAGUUUAAUAUACGUUUGACAGUGCUUUCCAUCCGCGCAGCCACAGUAGUGCACGACGGUGAUGUGUUUUGCCGUGGCUUCUCUGUCGUAGGCUGGUAUUGUGUGGAGACCUGUGCAGUUGUUUGCAUCUGUGACAUUGUAUGGAGAGCCGUGUGGUUUUCAGCUGUGACAUUGGGCAUAUUGUUACCUCACACCAUCGAUGGGCUGUAUGUACAAGGUUUUCAUGUUGCCACAGUUGUUAUACAUGCAAUGGAUCGUUGUAAUAAACUUGUUUGAUCGAUA